UUUCAAAUCUUUCAGGUUUUUACCUACUUACCUUAAAGGUUCCCACAAUCAUGUCCUUAGUCACUGACAUUCUCCCUUCUGCUGGGAAACUAACAAAAGAAGAUUUGGACACUAAGCUGAAACUUGCUGAAGAGGUCAUUGAGAGAGUGCAAAAGAAAUUAACUGAAAAACUGAGGGAAGAGUAUGUCAAUUUCCAUCCAACAGUUUCAGAAGCAGUACAGCUUCAGACAUCAAUGGUACUUCUCACCAAGAGUGUACAUGAAAUGGAGUCAUCCUUGCAACAUGAGGUGAAAGAGGAAGUACGAGCUUCAUGUGAGCAGGUGAAGACCAUUCGUGAUAGACUGGAAGAGAUCAAGUAUUCUCUGGAUAUUCUGGAAAAUUUGAACAUAAUUGAUGGCAAUCUACAGAAGCUAGCAAAACCAGGAGAUUCUAUGGGGCAGGGAGUGACUUUUCUUCUUGUAGCUCAAGCUGCAUUGGACCGACUGCAGGAAAACUAUGGCAAUGAACUGCAGAUCCUGUGUGCCUUACAUGAGACUUUGGAAGAGUUCAAAUACAGACUUAUAUAUAAACUGGAAGAAAAUUGGUGCAACAUGAUUCAAUGGAACUGUGAUAAAGAAAGAGUACAACUCACUCUCACACUAGAAGAUAAGACACAACUCAUACAAGAAAUGCAUCAGGCAGAUGUCCUCAAAUCCAAUCUGAAAUUCUUUGCAAAGAAAGUGGAAGAUGACAUUAUCGCACGUGUAGUGAAGGAGCCCACUACUGUCACAAUAACUAUGAAGGAUGAUGCUAAGUUAGAGGUGAAGAAUUCUGCAACAGAUAUUCCAAUUGCUGAUGUUUUCUCCAAUGUUGAAAGAGUACUGACUUUCCUUCAUGAUAACUUGCUCAACCAAUCCAUUGGAGAAAAUUCAGUAUCUGCCAUGGAGAUAUUUGGUUCUUUGAUUGCUAAGAGUGUCUGUGAACUCUUAAUCAAAGAAUGCCUUGUUCCUGCCAUCCCCACUUCUCCAGACAAGUUAGAUGAGUAUAAGCAAGCCAUUGCUGUGUUGCAUAGCUUUCAAGAUUCGCUCAAGAAGCUAGGGUUCCUUCAGAGUGGUGCUUCCUUGGAGGAGUAUGCACAGAAGGUGGAUUCUAUAUUUGCCCAGAAAAGAUGUCAGGACAUACUUCAGGAAGCUAGAUCCAUCAUGAAGAAAGACCUGCAUAUCACUGUCAAAAUGGAACCUGCACCAAAAGAUGAUCAACCAUCCAUCUUGGCCUUUCCUGAAUGUCAAAUCAGUGCCUCCAUGCUGGAACUGAUGAACUUUGUCAGAAGUAUACUUGAUGAAGUCAGUAAUUCAACGGAUCCUCGUUAUGCUGGACAUCUGCUGUAUGCAACUCGCAAAGUUUUUGACCUCUACCUUGCAGUGACACCAGUGUUUCACAAGGACCACCUUGAAACUUUACCUCAGAUUGCAGCCAUUUGUCACAACAAUUGUAUGUACUUGGCCCAUUGUCUCCUGAGCCUUGGUCUGGAAUAUGAAUCUCGGGUCCCACACGAGAUAAAAACAGAUGCUGUCACAUUCAUAGACUAUGUUUAUGUAAUGCAGCAAAUGGGAUCUCAAGUAUUCCUCAAUCAAAUGAAAACUCAGAGGCAGCAGCUUUUUGACAUCCUUCGGCAACAUGGAGGAUUCACCCAACUGACUCAAGAUGCCACUAUUGAGCCAGAUGUGCAAAAGAGCAUGAAACAGUGUCUCCACUUAUUGUCCAAGUUGGGAAAUGUUUGGCAAGAAGUGUUGCCAUGCAAUGUCUAUCAUUCAUCCAUAGGGACAUUGUUGAACUCUGUGGUGGAGGAGGUAUUGAGUCAAGUGAUGAGUCAGGAGGAUAUACCAGCCAGCUCAUCCACUCAUAUUGUUGCCAUUCUCUUAAUGUUAAUUGACAACAGUCCCAGGCUUUUCCAGAUGGAGGGAGAAGAAAGCAUGGCAAAUGCCCAGGGUCUCCUACUCAAGAAUGUGUCUCUGUGGCCUCGUUUUAAGGAGGCACUUGUGAUCCUGGAAUCAGAUUUGGCCACCAUUGUGGAACGGUGGGCUCAAGGAAAAGGUCCACUGGCUGAUUGGUUCACUCCAGAUGAAGUCAAACGCCUCAUACGUGCUCUAUUUCAGAAUAAUGAUCGCAGAGCUGCUGCUCUGGCCAAGAUAUCAAAACAAAAUGCGUGAUUUCCCUCGGUAGCCCUUAAUAAACCCAUGCUUCGCAGC